AUGCACGUACUCUACUGGGCAGAAGGGACCUCUAAAUACAUAUACACAUCACACACCUAUAUUCCCUACUCCCUCUGCUCUACUCUGCUCUGCCCUUCUCCACUGCAGACCAAAGACGCUCCAUCGCACGAAGCUGUCAAUGAUAGACAAGUAAGAAGCGGACGUCGGCCCCCUUCCCUCGCAGCUGCACUUCGCUGUCCGGGCGACGACGACGUGCAGCAUCCCUGCAAGCAGGCACAUGUAUCCAAGGUAAGGGCAUUGAGUGAACAACACUCUUGCAGCAGAUGCCGAUUAGUUAGUAGGGAGAAAAGGGGAGAAGGCCAUGUGCGCGGAAGAGAUUUGACAGUUUGUCCAGAGGGCAGAAACAGAUGCAACGGCAGAAAGGAUUCAGAUGGGACAGCUCAUGAUGACGUAAAAAACCAGUCGAGACCCGAGGAAUAG